CCUGUCGAUCAACACUACUCAGCGCUGAAACUUACGUGGAAAAGAACGGAACUUCCAGGGGAGCUGACACUGUGUCUCAUUUAUAUAUUGUGCGAGGCAUUGCCCCCUGAGUUACAGCCUAGCAUACACGCCGUAGACUUGAAUCUAGUUGAAUCGCAUAACUGUUCAUUCCUUCAUCAUGAGUGCACCUUCAGAAUGCACUGUCCCGGCUGCAUCAGCCCACAACGGUCAAGCAGUUGACUCACAGACAAACGCAACCGCUGAGAAUUCCAAUAAUGCUUUCGAGCAAACUCAGACUUCUGCCGCGCCUGCAGCCAAUGGCACCGAUAUCGAGGCAGAGCUCCCAUCAUCAGCUGCAGACGGUCUCAUUCAGAAGCCCUUCCCCCGCCCUCUUGAGUCAGCCAAGCCUCCUCCACCUGCUGAGCUUACGUCUGAUCAACAGGAGAAAUACAAUUCGGUCUUAGAGGCCGUUUCCGCCUGGACAACAGUUCCGACGACGUCUGCGAAGAAUGCCCCCAAGGAGCCCCUCACGGAUAACGAGCGCAUGUUUUUGACACGGGAAUGUCUUCUGCGAUACUUGCGGGCGACCAAAUGGAACGUCCCUGAAGCAGUCACUCGGCUCGAACGUACUCUGACGUGGCGUCGCGAAUAUGGGGUGGAGAAGCUGACACCGGAGUUCAUCUCGGUUGAGAAUGAGACUGGAAAGCAGGUUAUACUUGGAUACGACAUCCACGCACGCCCUUGUCUCUAUCUCCUGCCGUCCAACCAGAACACUGAAAAAAGCGACCGCCAGAUUCAGCACUUGGUUUUCAUGUUGGAGCGGAUCAUUGAUCUGAUGGGGCCAGAUCAGGAGACUUUGGCGCUCAUUGUCAACUACAGCGACACAAAAUCCGGUCAGAAUGCAAGCGUCGGCCAGGCCAAACAGACUCUUAACUUUCUGCAAAACCACUACCCAGAGAGAAUGGGUCGUGCAUUGGUCAUCAAUAUGCCCUUUUUAAUAAUGGGAUUCUUCAAGUUGAUCACCCCAUUCAUUGAUCCCUUGACCCGACAGAAGCUCAAGUUCAACGAGGAUCUGCGUGAGCAUGUUCCUGCGGCCCAGUUGAUGAAAUCCAUGGGCGGAGAUGUCGAGUUCAGAUACGAUCAUGAAACCUACUGGCCAGCUCUGAACAAGCUUGUUGAACAAAGGAGAGCUGCGUACCGCGAACGGUGGAUCCAGGGCGGAAAGCGCAUUGGGGAGUACGAAAACUACCUGAAGACGGGAAUCACCCCAAGUCUGUCGCAGAGAGAGGCCUCCAAUGGAACUACGGCGGAGUAACCUCAUAAACCUUAUUAACUGCGACGAUCGCGAGACUUGUCGAGAUCAGCUGCUAUAGUGUGGUCUUGACUGAGCUUCUUUAAUGCUCAUAUUGUUGCCUUUUUCUCUCCUUCCACUUGAUUUCUUCGGGCAUGUUGCCGAGUUCAUCUUACACAUACAUCUAGACACCUUAUGUUAUUACAUCAUGCUUGCUUUAACAUGUGCAUUCAAGCCCAAGACCUAACAGAAAAACUUCGGCUCUUUUAUGCUGUAUCACUUUGUUUUAUACAUUGGUUCUUAAAGUUGAGCGCAACUGAGCUACCGUCGUCUUCCGAUCGAUCACCCCAAGAGAUGCAUUUGGACGGCUAUUCCUUAUCUCAAGAAGCAAAAGCAGAUCUUGUAUAUAGACCUAAUUUCUGAAGGCGCCCAAUACCUUCA